UCGAUACAAUUAUAAACAUUCAUUUCAUUGUGAAAGGUUAUCUAACCAAUAAGUAGAUAUUUCAAUUUGUGAUUGAAUAAGUUGUUAUGUUAUCCAAAGUGACAGUUAAUAUUAUUAGGAGAUCGAUGUAUUACAAUGCGCGUACACUUUGUCGUCUACGAGAUCCUUUACGAUCAAAUCUCUUGUGUAAUGGCGAUGCAAAACCAAAAAGUGUACAAAAUCACUUGUACAUAGCAAAAAGAUUCAAAUCCAAAAAGAAGACUGCUAAUAUUAAGAAAGAUGAGAAUGAGGAUUCUGACAAGGAGAAAGAGAAAGACGAUGAGGAGGAAGCUGCCUUAGGUUCAAAAAUUAUCAAAGUAAGGAUACCUUCUAUUCGAUUAGAUACUAUUUCCAAAACUGGAUUUGGAAUUUCUCGCAAUAAAAUUGAUGAGGCCUUUUAUGGAAGCAAGAUUCGUAUAAAUGGAAAUAAAGUAUUAAAGAAAUCUAAAGAAAUGAAAAUAGGAGAUGAAAUCGAUUUAAUUUUGCAUCAAAGUGUGGAUAAUCCUGGAUUGCUAGUUAUAAACAGAAUUGUGAUAUUAUCAAUGGAUCCUGUGAAUGACGGUAUACAAAUGAAAUUAUCUGUAGAUAAAAACUUACUAAUUGAAGAUUAUGAGGAUCCAUAUUUAUAAUUUAAACUUUUUUGCAUGUCAAUAAUAAAAUUGCAUAUUGUAUAUGAUAAAGUUAUUAAUACUAUAUUUAAAUAAUUCUUAGUAGUUUAUCCUUGACCUACUAUUAGGUUAUUUAUAUAUAUUACAUUUAUAAUAUAUUUAUGUAUGAGAAUGUAAAAGGAGAAUUUGAAAAUAGGAAAUAUAUUAAAAUUCGAAUACA